AUGGGACGUAUAGGUGUAAAACCCAUUCAUCAGUCCCAAGUUCAACACCAAAAUGAUCAGCACCAGUUACAGCCGUAUCAAGUGGAAAGUUUUGAUCAUUAUCAAACCCCUGAAACCAUUGAGCCUUUCCGCGAAGAUCUCUAUCCAGAAAAAAAUCAAGAUGAACCAUCACAAAAACUGACAAUGCAAAGUGAAUCACCGGAAAAUCAAGACUCAGUACAACAGCAACAAUAUAUACUGGCAGCACCUCAGCCAAUGAGCAGGCCUGUGACCACACAGUUUUCUCUGCAAAAUGGAAAGACCCAGAGGCCUAGGAAGCAGCCUAAGCCCCAAUCUGGAACUUCUAGGUCACCACUACAGCCUAGCCAACACAACAGCUUUCCCAUUCAUGACCCUCAACCUCAAGCAGAAACCUUUCCUCCGCCUCCACCUCAGUCUCAAUCCUUGCCACAUCCCUUCCCACCCGCUCAAGAUUACUAUGAGCCGCACACCUUUCCUCCUACGCAAGAAGAAGCACAUGCAUUUCCUCCAACUGUGCCACAGGCCUUCCCUCCUGCUCAGGACAGUUAUGAACCACAUGGCUUUCCUCCUACUCUGGAAGAGAGGGAAGAAAUUCCUCCAACCCCAAAUAGAGCACAUGCUUUUCCACCAGCUCAAGUUGAUCCCCAAUUAUAUUCUCCACAGGCUAGACCACAGGCAUUUGUGCCCCAGAAUCUUAAUGUGCCAGGUUUUGCUAGCUCUCAGCCUCAUGCAGGUACUAAUUUUCCACAGCACAGUUUAGCACAAGGUUCACAAAUAGGAUUGGGUAUGGGACAAUACCGACAAGGGACGCAACCAGCAUCUCCCAUGCCACAGACUCCCAUGAUGGAAAUCCCCUUCAAGCCACUUCUUUCAACUGAAUCUUGGAAGACUGGAUUGUUUGAUUGCAUGGAAGACCCCACAAAUGCUCUCAUCACAGCAUGCUUCCCCUGCCUGACAUUCGGACAGAUUGCGGAGAUUGUAGACUCUGGACAAACUACCUGUACCUCUAGCGGCUUGAUCUAUGAGGUGAUUCUUUUGUUCAUUGGAAUACCUUGCAUACUGUCAUGCACCUAUCGUACAAAGUUGAGGAGCCAGUAUGGGCUAACUGAAUCACCGGCACCUGACUGGGUAAUCCACUGCUUUUGUGAAUGGUGUGCUCUCUGUCAAGAAUAUCGAGAGCUUCACCUCAGAGGCCUUGACCCUUCAAUUGGAUGGCAUGGAAAUCAGGCACGGAAACAGAACAUACAGCUACAACAAGCUACUAUGGUCCCCCCAGUUCACCAAGCCAUGAUGGGCUGAUUAAUUUGCAGAAACUAAGUAUUUAUAUUGUGCUUCUCUCUAAAUUUUGUUCCGUCUUUUUAACUUUUCAGAUUUUUGUUUAUAUGUAUGUUUCUGUGUUCCUUCACGAUUUGUAAUUCCCCAAUGGGAAAGAGAAAAAUACUGCUAAA